AAAAAAAAUAGCGACGUGAUCAGCUGAUCGAAGGAAAGGCUUGGUAGGAUGAGGAUAUAUCUUUUCCUCGUUUAUAUCUUCUUUAUCGUAUUAUCUCUCUUCCUUACUCCUUCCAGAAGUGAAACAUGCGAAAAGGGAGAUAGCAGAAGUCAAAGGUACUUACUCUACGACGUGAAUCCUGGAGAAGGAUUUAACCUGCGCAGAGAUGUUUUUGUUCGCAUUGCAAACUUAGCGCGCAGGCUGAGUGAGAUUGACAAUUGGAUUUUGGUGCUGCCUCCAUGGGGAAGGCUAUACCACUGGAAGCACACACAUCGAGGGGAGUAUUUCCCCUGGCACAGUUUCUUCGACGUAAAAAGCCUCAGUAAAUGGACUCCUGUCAUUGAAUUUGAGGACUAUUUGAAAGCUGAAGGCCCAAAGAUACAAGAGGUGUAUAUGCUACAACACUAUGUAGAAGGAUGGACUGGAGAGUGGGUGGUGAAAUACAACAGACGACCCUGUCUAGAACAACAUAAUUAUAGUGAGGACAGUGAUGGUUCAUGGCAUGGGACAGCAUGGGGAACAAAUGUCAGAGUUGGGAAUUUUUCGUGUCUGUCUAUUCAAGGCGAAGCAUCAACACUCAUACCACUUAUCACACAGAAGGAUGAAAUACGGACUGUCCUCAUAACAAGGGCAGAGACAGUUUUGCACGAUGAAUAUGGAGGAAAAAGAUAUUGGGCUGCAAGGAGGAGCAUGCGGUUUGCCAAGCACUUGCUGUCAGAAGCUGCUAGGUUUAGGGCUGAAUACCUCCAUUCUGAUGACAUCAAUGAUAAGACUGUGGUGACUGAUGACUGGAGGGACUUUAAGCCCAAGCGUGGAACAGCAGUGGGAGGUCCAUACCUCUCAGUCCACCUGCGCAGACGGGACUUUAUAUAUGCAAGAGGAGAUGAAAUCCCUAGCCUUAAAAAAGCUGCAAAGCAGAUGAAAGAAUUACUGCAAGCAAAGGAACUACAAGAUGUUUAUAUUGCAACAGAUGCUCCGCUUGAAGAGUACGUGGAGCUGGAAGAACUCAUGAAACCGUAUAAAGUACACAGAUAUGACCCCAGUCCAGAAUUCUUUGAUCAGUGGGGUGACGGUGGAGUAGCCAUCAUUGACCAGAUAAUUUGUGCUCAUGCAAGGUAUUUCACCGGCUCAUACGAAUCUACAUUCUCCUUCCGCAUACAGGAAGAGCGGGAGAUCAUGGGCUUCCCUGUGGAGACAACCUUCAAUCGAUUAUGUGGAAAGAAAGCAAAGUGUGAACAGCCAGCAAAGUGGAAAAUUGUAUACUGAGUGUUUUUAUAUUUUCAAAGAUCACAGUUGUCCUUUGGUUGUAUGUACCCUCUUUUUUAUUAACUUACAUUCUAAAGAUUUACCAAAGAAAUUGUGUAUUCAUCAGUGUCUCAAAAAGUCUCACAAAUAACUCUGUUCAUAUUUAGUGUAAUUCAAACAAUAAUAGGACCAUUUAUAAACUCAGGAUUUAAACUAGAUGGAAAGUACAUUAGAGUAUUAGUAGCUGUUUCUUUUAAUUGAUCUGAAUAAAACAUAAGGAACCUUUCAUUUAGAUAUGGAUGAUGUUUAAGGGUGAAAUUUAAUAAAAUGUGCAUGUUAAGUAAUGACAAAAUAAUCAAUUAUUUGGCUAUUGUACACAGGUUAAGUAUAUGGAAAGUAUUCAUAAAGGAUAUUACAAUAGGCUGAGCAUCCUUAAUCUGAAAAUCUGAAAUACAAAAUGCUGCAAACUUUGAAACUUUUUGAGUCAAGAUUGUCACAAUUUCCCAUGAAAUCAAAUACAAAAUUUUAAAAAAUUAUCAAAAUCAAUCAAUUUUAAAAAUCUGGUUCAGUGAUUUUCAGUAUUUAAUUAACAGUUUUGUCAUUGCUAGUCCUUUAAUCAAGCCUAACACAUAUUCUUUAUACUGUAUUUUGAUUAUACAUGUAUUGUCUUACUUUUGAAAAUACUCCAAAAUCAUGAAAUGCAAAUUUUUGUAUGUUAAGUAUGCCAAGUUGAUAUUCUGUGUGAAAUGCCUUUCUAUCCAUUUAAGAUUUGUAAAAGCAUCAUACAAGUACUUAAUCUUUUUUUUUCUUCUUUUGUAUUUUAUUUUUUACCUCCUUACAGUAUGAUAAUAAGUGACAGUAUUCUAUAUUGCAAGAAAGGAAAGAAGUAUUAGUGUUAGUAUGUCUUUAAGAAUGGGGUGCAAUGUUAUCCAGAAAAUAUUUUCAUCAGUAGUGGUACAGGUAAAAAAAUUGACAAUAGUUUGUUUGUAAUACUGGUAGCCUACUGAUGAGUAUAUUUUGUUGGUUAUCAUAUUCUUUUAUUUCUAGUGUGCCAUAUAGUGUUUACAUGUGUAAAGCUGGAAAGGUUAGCAUUAUAUAUUCUUUUGUGAUGACCUCUAUAUAUUUAUACAAUAAAGUUAUUUUAUCAA